AUGCUCUGCAGCCAGUUGGUGCUGGGGCCGCAACCUAGGCCAGUUCAAGUGGCGCUCCAGAGGAGGGUGCAAAGAGAACCAACAUUGGCCUUCCAGGAGGCAUGUGCAGAAGUGAAGGCCGUGGAGCAAGAGACAGAGAGAGGACCUUUCCAAGAGGAAGUGGAAACAACAUUCAGCAGAGAGGAACAACUGCAAAAGUACAUCUUAGAGACCCUCAGCUACAUCAAAACAGUGAAGGACUUCUGUGACACAGAAGAACACUGGACGCUUUACAGAGAGACAGAGCUAAGGAAGAUGAGGCACAUCAAAAGCCGUGCAGACAAAUUCUUAGGCCGUUUCAGAAAGCAGAAGCUGGAGAAAGAGCUGGGGGCAGUUCUGAAGGACACUCUGGAGGGGCUGGAGAAACUUCAUCACUUCCUGGACGCAGUGGAGAAGCUAGCAGUCACCUCACUGUUCGUGUUUACAGAUGAGAUCUUCCUGUUAAAGGGUGUGACCACUGAGGCUGUACGAUCAGUGGUCACAACAGCCAGAGCCAUGUCCCCACUCCUCAUCCACUUCAAGAGAGAUGAUAAAGCUUUCUUCUUGCCUUGUCUGGGCAACGUGGAAGUCCUGGCCAUGCAGCUGGACAAAUAUAUCCACAUCACACAAGAGCUCUGCAAGAUAAUGUCCAAGAGCACAUUGGAAGUAGACAUUGGAAAAGACAUACAGGAAAACACUUCACUGAGAUUCAAUCUCAAAAACAUUGAGUCCAUGAAAAACAUGAUAGACCGCUUGAGCAAAAUCAGAAUGGACGAGUCAUUCAGGAUGUCAUUCUUAUUUAAUGAAAAAGCUCAGGAAUUCAUUGAUAUAUACACUGGAUGUCGAUCUGAAAUGUUCCAGUUCCUGUCAGAUCUAGAGGGGACUGCCGUCCAGCUGGAUAAAAUGAAGAAGGGGUCCAGCAUUUCCACUGUGGCUGGCAGUUCAGUGGGCAUUGCUGGAGGUGUCUUGUCCAUCGUAGGCCUGGCUCUUGCCCCCGUUACUGCAGGAGUGUCCCUGGCCCUCACACUCACCGGAGUUGGCCUGGGGGUCACCAGCGGGGUCAACAGUUUAGUCACAGGCAUCACUGAAAUGGCAGUCAACAAACGUCAUGGAGGAAAUGCCAAAAAUAUCUUCCAGAGAUUCAUGGAGGACGUGCAGAAAGUCCAAGAUUGUCUAGAAAAGGCAGGUAGUCAGUGUCCUUUACCAAACCUGGAUGAGAGUGGUGUGGCACUUGGAGCUGUAAAAGUGACAGCCAGGGCUGGAACAGUAGGCAAAGGUAUUGAUGCUAUUGUUGAUGGAGCUUCAGCUGUGAAAGCUCUCAAAAGUGCAGCUAAUGUGGGCGUUCAGGAAGCUAAAGCAUCUCGGAACAUCCCCAGCCUUGCUGCAGACCUGCCUGACAUCGGGCGGCUGGCUAAGGGCACUCCUCUGGCAAUGACAAAAGCAGCCAGGGCCGGGUUUAUCACUCUAAACGCCCUCUUCAUUGGUCUAGAUCUGGCAUUUAUCUGUAAAGAAAGUCUAAGUCUGGCUAAAGGGAAAAAAAGUGAAGCGUCUCAGCUCAUCCGCUCCAGAUCAGCUCUGUGGCGCUCAGAGUUAGAGGCAUGGGAUAAGAUCCAUGACCAUCUGUGUGAAGGGAAAGAGACGUUCCAGGACAAUCUUGACAUUCUGCAGCAAUCCUUUAGCAUUAACUAA